CGCGCUCUUCCUGGAUACUGAGGCUCGCGGGCGGGUGUAGAGCCCAGCGGCGAGCCAGGGCCCGGGCGCGAGGGCAGGCUGGGGGCCGCAGGGCAGAUCUGGGGGCGAUGCCGGGGAGGUCAUGCCAGCACGCGGGGACAUGGAGGAGUUCCGGCGCUCCUACAGCCGCCUGUGCAAGGAGAGUGGGGCUGAGCCCCAGGAGGCUGUCCUGAAGCAACUGCACCAGCUUCCGCGGGGCCGACUGGACCUGGCCACGCAGAGCCUGACGCCGGACACCUGCAGGGCGCUGGGCAAGCUGCUGCAGAAGCAGACACUGUUGACGGAGCUCGUCCUCAGCGACUGCAUGCUGAGUGAGGAAGGGGCCACACUGCUGUUCCAAGGGCUCUGUGCCAACACUGUUGUGCAGCUUCUGGAUCUAAAGGGCAAUAACCUUCGAGCUGCAGGGGCCGAGGCUCUGGGAAAACUGCUCCGACAGAACCAGUCCAUUCAGAGCAUCACCCUGGAGUGGAAUAACCUGGGCACAUGGGAAGAUGCCUUUGCCACCUUCUGUGGGGGCCUAGCAGCCAAUUGCACCCUGCGGCAGCUGGACCUCCGCAACAACCAGAUCAGUCACAAGGGGGCAGAGGAGCUGGCCCUGGCCCUGAAGGGCAAUGCCACACUCCAGCAGCUGGACUUGCGCUGGAAUAACAUUGGCCUCCUGGGGGGCCGGGCCCUGGUGAACUGUCUCCCCAGCAACAGAACCUUGUGGAGGCUGGACCUGGCUGGGAACAACAUCCCCAGCGACAUCCUAAGAGCCGUGGAGCAAGCCAUGGCUCACAACCAGGACCGGCUCACUGCCCUCCGGGAGAGCCAGGCCCGCACGCACGUCCUUAGCAAGGAGGUCAGGCACCUCCAGGAAGAGAAGUCCAAGCAGUUUCUGGACUUGAUGGAGACAAUUGAUAAGCAGCAAGACGAGAUAGCCAGGAGCAGCCGAGCAUCAGCGGCACGUGUGGGUCAGCUUCAGGAAGCCCUGGAUGAGAGACAGUCCAUCAUCAAUGCCCUCAAGGCCAAGCUGCAGAUGACCGAGGCUGCCCUGGCUCUGUCAGAGCAGAAGGUCCAAGACCUGGGUGAGCAGCUGGUCACAGCAGAGCAGGAGCGGCAGAGCCUGUCACAGAGGCAGGAGAAGGAGCGCAGGCUGGAGCAGCAGGAAGCUGUAGAGCGAGAGUCUAAGCUCCUCAGAGAUUUGUCUGCUGCCAAUGAAAAGAACCUGAUGCUUCGAAACCAGAUGGAUGAGUUGGAGCGGAAGGUGAAGUCACAGCAGGAGCAGCUGUUUCUGACCAGGCAGGAGCUGACCAACACCUCAGCUGAGCUGAAGAUUCGUGCCAUCCAGGCUGAGGAACGCCUGGACAUGGAGAAGAGAAGGGCCAAACAGAGUUUGGAGGACUUGGAAAAGCUGCAUGUCAAGGAGGUGGAUCACAUGACCCGUCACCUGGAGGACAGUGAGCGGGCCAUGCAGGAGAGGGUGCAGAGAUUGGAGGCUCUUCGGUUAUCCCUGGAGGAGGAGUUGAGCCGGGUGAAGGCAGCAGCACUCAAUGAACGUGGCCAGGCUGAGGAGGAGCUCAUCAAGGCCAGGAACCAGGCCCGCCUAGAGGAGCAACAGCACCUGGCUCACCUGGAGGAGAAGAUGCGGUUGCUGGCACAAGCAAGGGAUGAGGCUCAGGGUGCCUGCCUGCAGCAGAAGCAGACAGUGGCUGAGGCUCAGGCACGAGCCAGCCAGCUCUGUCUACAGGUGGAGGGGCAGCGACGACGCCUGGAGGACCUGCAGCAGGAGCUAAGCAACAAGGACCAGGAAAAGCUGGUGGAGGUGACCAGGGUGCGGGUGGAGCUGCAAGAGCAGAUGGGCCGCCUGCAGGCAGAGCUGGCGGCCCAAGAGGGGCUGAGGGAAAAGGUGGCAGCCCUGGAGCGCCAGCUGAAAGUUAUCACGAGUGAGCACCGGGAGGCGUUGCUGGACAGGGAGAGCGAGAACGCAUCCCUCCGAGAAAAGCUGCGGCUCAAGGAGGCCGAGAUCGCGCGCAUCCGGGACGAGGAGGCCCAGAGGGCCAGUUUCCUGCAAAAUGCAAUCCUGGCUUACGUGCAGGGGUCCCCCGUGAGGGCCUUGAGCCCCCCAAAGUGAAGGGAGGCUUGGAGCACCAUGAGACGGUGGAGGAGCUUCUUCCGCCCGCUUCUUCUCUUCCUCAAGGGCAGGGCUGGGGUCCGCGAGUUUCAGACGCAGUGGCCAGGCAGGGGCUCGCCUUAACAUCGGUGCUCAAUGGGCGCGCCUGCCCGCGCCAAUGUGGGACCCUGCAGCUCCCCGCCUGGAGGACGCCGCACCGAGGAAAGGGCUCCUUCCGCACAAUCCCAGAACGACGGCCGGGGCCAGUGACACGGUGGGAGGGAGUCCCGGUCCCGAGCGCAGUAGCCACGCCACCCGCGGCGGGGAUAAAAAUACACAACUUUUGCACUUGUGAUACGCUUUGUUC